UUAAAUGUUUCAGAAACGUCACCUCCAAGAAUUGCUGCAGUUCACCAGGAACUAGAGCUUCCUCAGAGCGGUUCACUCUCGGUCGAUGCCGGAACAAAUGUCACGACCGUCACUGGUAAUUCACUCUCCAUCAGGUGUAACGCAACUGGAUUUCCUGUGCCCCAGAUCACGUGGAGUAAAGAUGGUACUUCAUUGAGUGCUAAAGGACCAGUGUACGUUUUGCCGACCCUUGAACCAUCUGACUCUGGUCGGUAUCAGUGCAUUGCUACCAACGUUGAUGGAGUUGAUACACAGGAUAUACGAAUCCACGUGUUGGGUAAA